AUGGUUCAAAAUCAGCCAAGUCCCAUCACGUACUACAAUCAUCCAUCGUUAGAGGAGGAUGCGAGCACAGUAUUUCUGGCCACAAAUUUCUCGGCCACCAAUUUUCAAGUAGCAAGUACUUCUCAAUUCACUCGUUACGUCAUUCCUAAACUUCGAUACAAUCAAGUACUCGCGGGUGAUCGAUUUUUCUUCUUUGUCACUCCCGAUCAUGCAUUGGCAGAAGUAUGUGCUCAUGCUUCUGUGCCAUCACUUGCUAAAAGCAAAGGUCCUACAAAUAUUUUAGGUUAUGCUUCUGAUCUUUCUGAAGAAUCACAACCCAAACCAUUAUCUGAAUUGAAUGCCACAAUCUUUGAAUAUGAUCUUUCAAAGAAAAUUGGAGCUAUUUCUGAAUUUUAUAUGAAUAUUGAUCGAAUCUAUGCUGUGAAUUCAAAGAGAACGGAAAUUGCAAUUUUUGAGUAUCAAAAUUUGAAUAGUACUGAAAUUAAGGUGAAACAAUUUUUCACAGAUUCAGAGAAGGAUUUUAUCAAAACUUUUAUCACAGGUCCAUUAUCGACUCAUUAUGUUGUACUUUCUCAAAAAGGAAAAAUUUUUGUGAAUGGAGAAGAAUUGAAAGAUCCAAUUGAAGAUACUAUUGUUUGUGGAGCUUGUUGUGGUAGUGGAGUGAUAUUGGCCUCACGUUCUACCUUGUAUUGUCGAGGAGCAGAUACUUUUAAUGUUUUUGGAGGACAUUCGUUUGAUACUUUUGAUAAGAUUCCAUUUAAAUUUGAAGCAUCCAUUGUGGAUGUGAAAUGUGGAUUUUAUCAUACGCUCGUCCUGUUAAGUAAUGGAACUGUGUACAGUUGUGGAUAUAAUGUACUAAAUCAGACUACUUUUAAUACCACAGAUACAGGAAGUGUUCUUUCUAAAAUAGCGUUCGAUUUUGGUUUUGCUGUUGAAAUUGGAUGCUCCUCUCGUGGCUCAUGGGUCCGAAACAACAAUGAUGACGUUUUCAUGGUGGGGGAAGUCGUUGAAGCGUUCACACCCAGCCUUUGUAUUCAUACCAACCCAAAAAUUUACAAAUUUAAUUACAAAUCUCAAUUCAAGAAUUUCAGGCAUCCUCCAAAUGAUAUUGCAAGCGCAGGAUGGCAAUACACAAUUUAUCACAAAGACAAUCGAAAUGAUCCAUUCAAGUCAAUUUUUAGAUUUCGAGCAUUGUUAUUGAAAACAGUUUCACAUCCUGAAGGUUUUAGUGAUUGUGCAAUUGUGACCAUGCGAUCGAGUAGUAGUGUUGAUGAAUGA